CAAUUUGUACUUUUGAAGGUGUUACUUACAAAGCUGGAGAAUCAUUCUUAAAAUCAUGCAAUAAAUGUAUGUGUGUAAAAAAAGAAGGCAAAAAUGCAGAAAUAACAUGUGAAGAAAAUGAUUGUUUGGAAAACUUGAAAAAAAAAAAUGUUCAUUCAGUUGGAACAAAAGAUCCAGUAGAAUGGCUAUCAUCAGUACAAGAGCCUCUUUUAGUGACAGAUUAUGGUAUUCCACCACCAGAAGAAUUUGAUCCAAGAUUUGAUGAGACAAGAAUUGUUUCACCUAUCAGGAAUCAAGGACAAUGUGGAUCAUCAUGGGCUGUAUCAGUUGCUGAUGUUAUUUCAGACAGGCUAUCAUUACAAAUGAACAGCAAUAUUACACUGAGUGCUCAACAAUUUAUUGACUGUAUUGAUGAAGAGCCACAAUGUGCUCCAGGCAAUCCAGCUGAUGCUUGGAAUUAUGCAACAAUAGCAAAAUUAAUGAGUGAAGAACGUUAUCCCUGGACUGGUUUAAAUGACCAGUGUCAAGUUUCCACUAGACAAUGCCAAGAUGAAAAUUGUCAUUUAAAUAAAUUAUAUUCUGUUAAUAAUGUCGUUCAUUUAUCAUCUCAUCAUGUUGAUCUUAUGUAUGAAAUUCUUUUCAAAGGAUCCGUUCAAGCUACAAUGAGAGUUGGCAAAGAUUUUACUCUUUAUAAUUCUGGAAUUUACAAGUGCCCUAAAAAUUCAAGUUCAAUUGGGUAUCAUUCAGUGAGAAUAGUUGGUUGGUCUGAGACAGAUGACGGCGAGCAAUUCUGGAUUGCUGCUAAUUCUUGGGGAACAGAAUGGGGAGAAAAUGGAUAUUUUAAAAUUGCAAAAGGAAUUAAUGAGUGUGACAUUGAAUCAUAUGUCCUCGCUGCAAAUGUAAGAAAAAUUCAAACAGAUGAAAUAGAAACACCAAUAGCUGAAUUUGACAAAACUUUUGAUAAUAAUAAAAAUAAUAUAACAAAUAAUUAUUGUUCACAAUUAUUUGAUUAUAAAAAUUGUUGUGAUGGACUUGAUGGAAAUUGCAGUGUUCAAUAUGAAAAUAAAUUUUGUUAUUGUGACAAUAUGUGUAGUAAUGAACCAGGUCAUCCAUUUGAAUGUUGUCCAGAUUACAAGACACACUGUGAACGUGAUGAUGCUCUCACAAAUCCAUCAGUAAUUAUACCUCAAAGCUCUGAAGAUAAUGUACCAAGUGUAUUAACUAAAAUUCGACUAAUGGAAACACAGCCAUUCAUAAAGUUCAUGGAAUUUAAAAGCCAAGUUGAUGAUAAAAAUUUACCAGAAGAAUAUAUAAUUCCAGAAAAAUAUUUACCACAAAUAACUGGCAAAUGGGCUGAUGAAUCAUGGGCAGUUACAGCAGUGGAUGUUGUGUCAAAUCGUUUAUCAAUGAAGCAUUUAUUGGAUCAACCAGUUGUCAUCAGUGCUCAACAACUUGUAUCUUGCUCAAAAAUUUUUAGACUAACAGAAGGACAACCAAAAGAUGCUUGGAUAUUUAUGGAACAACACAACAUGGUUGAUGAUGACUGUUACCCAUGGACUGGUGACAGUAAUAAAUGCGAAUUUUAUAUUAAAGAAAAUUAUCUUGUUCGUUGUCAACAAUCAAGUAUUCUUCAACGACCAAAAUUAUAUCAAAUUGGACGUGCAUAUCGUGUUCCAGAUAACGAAAAUGAUAUUAUGAAUGAAAUUAUAAAUUUUGGAUCUGUUCAAGCAACAAUGCAAGUUUAUCAAGAUUUUAUGAAUUAUAAAAAUGGAAUUUAUAAUCAACCAAAAGAUGCUGAAUUUAUUGGAUUUUUGUCAGUCACAAUCAUCGGCUGGGGAGAGGAAUCAAACGAAAAAUUCUGGAUUGCUGCUAAUUCUUGGGGCACCAGCUGGGGAGAAAAUGGAUAUUUUAAAAUUGCCAGAGGAAUUAAUGCAUGUGGCAUUGAAAAUUACGUGAUUGGUGUUGAAGUUUAAUGAAAAUUUCGAUUAUAAAUAAGACGAAAAUUUCGAAAAGAAAAAAAAUUAAAUUAGAAAUAAUUAUUAUUAAUUAAACAAUUAAAUAUCAAGCAUAAUUACUAAUUUUUAUUUUAAAUAUUAUUAAAAUUUCUAUCUGGUUCAUUCGAACUUUAUAAUUGUAUUUUUUUUUCUAUACAUUUAUAAUUUUUAGAUUUUAAUUUUUUCAACAUGAUAUUUUAAAUUGUUGUUAUUCUUUAAGCAAAAUAAUUGUUUAUUGGUUUUUUGCUUGUUUUAAUUCAGAAAAAAACAUAAACUAAUUUUAGAUUUUCCUGAGAAAUAAUUUAGUGUUAAGCUUUGUGUUAAACCAUAUAUCUUGAGGUCAAAAAAUGGGUUUCGAUGACACGAGGAUCAUAUUACCCUGCAAUGGGAACAUUCCAAGAAUGUGUUUUACAUAAUUUUCAACUACUAGUAUCGUUUUUUUUUUUUUUUUAAAAUAUUUGUAUUGAAAAAGAGAAAAGAUUUGUAGCAUCCUCGGGUUACAGGAUCAUUCAUGUAAAUCCCCAAGAUUAAAAUUUCUACGAAUAGAUAAAAUAUAUAACUUUCUUUGAUACCA